AUGGUCGGCGUCCCUCGGAGCCGCGGCUGUGGUCUUUGCCUGAAGCGCCGCGUCAAGUGCGACGAGGCCCGGCCCGCCUGCGCAAACUGCUCCAGAUAUGGCCAGGCGUGCCCUGGGUACGAGAAGCCCCUUAAGUUCGUCGCCAGCAAACACGCCGUCCGCCCCCGCCGGGGCCAGCAGCAGCAGCAGCAGCCGUCGGAAACCCAACACCAAAACGGGGCCGCGCCCGUGGCUGACGCCGAGGCGGGCGCAUCCGGCGCCGGCGUCGUGGCGGGUCCGCCCACGGUCGCCGCCCGUGUCCGCCCGCGACCGCAGCUCCAGCCCGUCGCCGUCCUCCUCCCGGACCUGGGCGUCGACCGGGCACAGUUCGUGUCGACGCUGAUGGACAGCAUCUUGCGGGACCAGCCCGACGCCGAGCUCUCCUUCUUCCGGCCCUGGUUCCGGGCCGUGCCGGAGCGCCUGGGCGCCAAGGUGACGCUCGACAGCGCCAUGUGCGCCCUGGCCCUGCACCUCCUGGGCAAGAGCAGGGCCGACGCCGGCCUGGUCUCGCGGUCCCGCGUCCUGUACGGCCGGUCCAUCCGCGCGCUCCAGCACGCCCUCAACCACCCCUCGGAGUGGAGAACGGCCGACACGCUCUGCGCCGCCACGCUUCUCUGCUUUUACGAGCUUUUUGCUGGUACCUCUAGCCAUGCGGCGUGGAUGGCCCAUGCCAGGGGCGUCAUUCGCGUCGUACAGCUCCGCGGCCCGGACGCCUACAUGACGAACCGCUUCGAUAAGAUUUUGCUGCUGGCCUUUCGUGCAAUCAUCAUAAUGAACGCCAUGUUCUCCAUUCAAGACUGCUUCCUUGCGCAGAAGCCAUGGCAGAGAGUGCUGCAGCACCUAGGCGCCGACCUCGAGAUACAUACCCUCCCCCCAGAGCUCGUCCCGGGGGUAAACAUCUAUUUCCGGAACCUCGCCAGGAUCCCGUCCUUUGUGCGUCGCCUCCUCACCAUGCGCAUAGCCAAGGACCACGGGAUCCCGCCCAGCCCGGCCCAGGUCGCCGCCCUCCGCCGCGACGCCGAGGCGCAGCUGCUCGAGGAGCUCGCCUGGGCGGCCUCGGUCGGGGACGCGCUGCUCCCGCCGGCCAGGGAGGUGCCGUCGCGGGACCCGGCCUCCCCCUUCGCCACCGUCCUGCGCCACGAGAGCCGGUGGGCCGGGAGCCUGCAGAUGAACCACUGGGCGACGCGGCUGAUCCUGCAGGCGACCGUCAACGAGUGUGGCGGCCGCGGCGCCGAGGACUUCAGGCCGCUCAACCGUCUUCUCGCCCAUCGCAUCUUCCGCUCCGUCGAGCUCGUCGGUCAGGGUCUCAUGGGCCCUCUGAGGUGCUCGUACCCGCUCCGGAUCGCCUACGAGUUCUCCACGCCGGAGCUGCGGCCGUGGAUCCAGCGUGUCGUCGCUGGGUUCGAGACCAGGUACGCGGCCACCAGUAUCAAGGACUAUCCCGAGGAGAUGCAAGAGAGGUUUGCGUGA